CACAGAGCCUGACGCGAGGCUUGAACUCACGAACUGCAAGAUCACGACCCCAGCUGAAGUCGGCUGCUUAACCGACUGAGCCACCCAGGCGCCCCAUGCAGCGUUAUUUGUAGUGGCAGGAAGUUGGAGGCAACUGGGUGUUCAACACUGGAAGAACAGAGAAGUCAAAUCUGAUGGAUGCACACUGUGGAAUUAAAAACAAUUUUUUUUAAUGUUUAUUUAUUUUUGAGAGAGAGAGUGGGAGCAGGGAAGGAACAGAGAAUCUGACGCAGGCUCCGCGCUGUCAGCGCAAAGCCUGACGCAGGGCUCAGACCCACAAGCCGUGAGAUCAUGACCUGAGCUGAAGUCAGACACUCCACCGACUGAGCCACUCAGGCUCCCCACAACGGUGCAAUUUUAUGCAGAGGGAAGAAGAGGGGAGAAAGACCGAGAUAAAAAGUAUGCCCCAUAUCUUUUAGCAAGAGAGCAAAGAUUUUCCCAGGAGCGUCACCCAUCAGACCGCUGCUUGUAUUUUGCCGGCCAAAACUGUGUUACGUGGUCACAUUUAACUAAAAAGUGAUUAGAGAGACGGGGGUGAGAGAUGGGGAUUGUGCCAUCUGAUGAGUGAUGUCUAACACAUAAUCUACUAGAUUUCUUUUAGCUGCUGCAUAGAAUUCCAUGGUGUGCGUUCACCACAUUUUACUGUCGUGGCUGGAAGUACAUAGCCAUCUUGUGACCAUGAGGAAAAGUCAAGAGACUCCCAGAGAAGGCCCCUGCCAUCAUUAGUUUAUAUCAACACCAACAGCUUAUCCCUGAACUUCUUAAUCUUGUGUGAAGAAUAAACCCCUAUUUAGUUAAGCCAUUUGUGUCAGUUAGGGCUCAGCCGUAGACAACAGAAAUAAAUCUGGCUGCUGGCAACAUAAAGGAAUGGAGAAACACGUUCUAGGUUCAGAAACAACUCCCAGCUUCGACAAGCACAUGACCUCUGCCGGUGAUCGGGAAGCAGCAGUCACUGCUACAGGAAGCCGAUGAAUCAGGAAGCUGCUCACCAGAGCCCUACUGCAUCUGUCCUGAUCUGUGACAGCAAAACAGAUGUCCCAUGCUUGAUCCAGCUCAGCCCCGGGGUGUUUGCAGCAGCUCGUUCCGUAAGUCCAGCCAUCUGUUACCUGCGCUGCUUUCUGGGGACAGAGAGUCCCCGUCGGGCCGGCCCGGAGACCCGGGGAGUGUGCUCCCGGGAGUCUGCGGGAUGCUGUGAGCCCCCGGCAAUGGCUGCCUCCCGGGGAACCUCCACACGCCGCCAGAUGGCACCCGCGUGAGGCGGAGCGACGGGUCUUCUUGCCCCCCCCCCGGGCUGGAAGAGGAAGAGCGGCCGUUGUGCCGGGGAGGGCCGGACAUGUCGGAGACAUCGUCCUGCCCUGGCAGCGAGACCCCUGCCCCAGGCUGCAGUCUGGGGGCCUUGUACUGGGCCUGUGUCCGCAAUGAUCCUGUCCAGCUCCAAGCGGCAUUGGAUGGUGGGGUCUCCCCGGACGAGGCCGUCCAGGUGGAUGGCAAUGGGAGGACAGGUCUUAUGGUCGCCUGCUACCGCGGUUUUGAGAAUGUUGUGGCCUUGCUCAGCCGCUGCCCUUUCCUCGAUGUGAACCAGCAGGAUAAGGAAGGGGACACAGCCCUCAUGCUGGCUGUCCAAGCAGGUCAUGUGCCUCUGGUGAGUCUCCUGCUCAACUACUACCCAGGCCUGGACCUGGAGCGCCGGGACCAGCGGGGGCUAACGGCACUGAUGAAGGCCGCCAUUCGGAACCGUUCGGAAUGUGUGGCGGCCCUCCUCCUGGCAGGUGCUGAGCUGACAGCGGUGGAUCCUGUCCGGGGCAAGACGGCCCUAGAGUGGGCAGUGCUGACUGACAGCUUCGACACCGUGCAAAGGAUCCGGAAGCUGCUGCGGCGCCCCCAGAUAGAGCAGCUCAGCCAGCAUUACCAGCCCGAGUGGCCAGCCCUGCCUGGGCUCGUGGCCCAGGCCCAGGCCCAGGCCCAGGCUGCCCCAUCUCUUCUAGAGCGACUCCAGGCCACCUUGAGCCUCCCCUUUGCCCGGUUUCCUCAGGAGGGGGGUGUCCUGGACCACCUUGUGACCAUCACGACCAGCCUGGCCAGUCCCUUCCUCACCACUGCCUGCCACACCCUGUGCCCUGAGCACCCACCUGCACUGGGCACCCGAAGCAAGUCUGUGCCAGAGCUGCUAGGCACUGCCCCUCCCCCGCCCCCAGAUCCCCAGCCCCCCCAGGUGGCCCCUGGCCCCCGGGCCCUCAUCCCCUACCAGAGCCCUCAGGGCGUGUUGAGUAUGUGCCCUCAGUGGCUACAGCCCAGGGACAAUAGCAGCCCCAGGCCCCAAGCCCCCAAGAUCCGCCUCUCCAAGGCACCCUCAUCGCCCAGACAGCACAAGCCAGAGUCCAGGCCUGGAGAGAAUCGAAGGUUGGCCCUUCCUAUCUGGAGAUAUCAGGAGCUCAGGAUGGAGAGGAGGAAGCAGGAGGAGGAGGCCAGGCAGGCACAAAGUCAGGGAAAGAUGGGCUAGGCCAGGCUGGGAGCAGGUGAUCAGGUCCCUCCCUAAGGCUCCUUUGCCCUCUGGAGCCCCUUCUGCUCUCCCAUCCAGAUCUGUACAAAUGAUUCUACUCUAAUCUACUCAGGAGGUUGUCCACACAGCACUGUUUGCGAUACUAAGAGUGGAAACAACCUAAGUGUCCAUCAGCAGGGGACUAGCUAAAUUGCUUAUGGCUGUGAUAAGUAUACAUCCAUAUGAUGUAUUUUAUACAGUGGUAAAACAAGUAAGGAAGCUCUUUACGUUCUGAUAUGAAACUAUCUCUAAGAGGUAUUAAGUGAAAGUCAUCAAGGGGUGGAACAGCAUGUAUGGCAUGCUACUACUCGUCCAUGUAAAAUCUGCACCAAGAUAAACUUGACCAAUACAAAUAUAUAGGGAGUACCAAGAUGUAUUUAAGUACUUGAUGAAUGAAGGAUCAAAGGAGGAAACGAAAACCCAUUACUGACAGUGGAAAUACGAAUCCCGGAAUGAGAUUGAAAAGUUAGGUACAAAAAAGUUAAUUCUUACCCAGCAAUAACACCAUAACUUUUUUUUUUUUCUGCCAGACAAAAAUAAAUUGCUACUUAUCAGUCUUCUACAGGUUAACCUCUUAACUUCCUAUAGAAAAUCUGGGCCCUAAUCAAUAGUAAAUACUAUGUCAGACAAAAUUACUUCCCCUGGAUGACCCAUAGGUGGGGUUAUUAGCCAGUGAUCUAAAACAUCUUGACAAGGGGCACCUGGGUGGCUCAGUCGGUUAAGUGUCUGACUUCAGCUCAGGUCAUGAU